AUGGUGUACGCAUCGGAGACUUGGGCAGCACCAUCUACGGUGAUGGAGAGGCUUGAUUGCACGGAACGAAAGCUGCUUAGAUGGCUACUUGGCUACUUUUGGCCUCAGGUAUGCCACAAUGAAGACCUUUACGCAGAAAUUGAUGUGGAAUACCAGCGGAUGACACGUGAAAGAUAUCAACAUCCUGCAUCGCCAUCGAAAGUGGCUAAAGUAAAUCGUCUUCGCUUCUUUGGUCAUAUAUUAAGGAGAACGGCAGAUCGCCUUGUUCAACGAGUUCUGAGGAGUUUGUCAGGUUCGAGCUGGAAGAAGCCACCUGGCCGAAAACGGAAGUUCUGGACUGAGGUAAUGAAAGAGGACCUGCGGACACUCGGCACUGAUGGACAAUUCAGGCGAGACGUAAGGUUUCGCAGGAUAUGGAAUAGCGACGAAGGAUUGAUUCCGUAUAAACUCUCGCAGAAGAUCGAGAAGGUUGGGUAG